UUACUCCUCCAUGUGUUCAGAUAGGGUCCGUCGUGUUGUAAACUUCGGGCGCCACGAGAUCCUGCUCCCUCCAUAAAGUAUGAUGGCCCGAUCGCACCAACCGGCUUCUUCGCUAUCCAUUCAUAGCCAAGCCAAAAUGGCUAGCUUCGCCUCCUCUCCCUCACCGGCGAUGGGCAAAUUGGCAGCAGCAGCUCCAGAGGGUGCCACCGACACCGAGAGCUCACCGGUAGACGCCCCAUCCGAUGAGAGCCUGAAAGACUUCAUAUCCUCGCUGCCGUCAAGGGAGGGGUGGCCGAAGCCGCUCAUCCAGUACAAGGGCUACUUGUUCAAACCGAGGAUGCUGGAGGGUGUCCUGCGCACCAGACGAGCCUUCCUGCCCCGCGCAGACGACGUCGUCCUCGCCACGCAGCCCAAGUGCGGCACCACCUGGCUCAAGGCCCUCGCUUUCACCGUCGCCACGCGGUCCCGCGACGGCCUCGGCGCCGACCACCCGCUCCUCACUUGCUACCCGCAUCACCUCGUGCCGUACAUUGAGAUCCCUGGUGCUGCCGGCAGCCAUGUAGUCGACCUCGGCGCGCUCCCGUCCCCGAGGCUCCUCGCCACACACAUGCCCAUGUCGCUGCUCCCGCCAGAGACGCGGUCGCUCUGCUGCCGGGUCGUGUACCUGUGCCGGGACCCCAAGGACACGCUCGUCUCCAGGUUGCACUUCGAGAACAAGCUGGCGGCGCGGCGUGGCGGCGCCGGCCCGUCGAUGGACGACGCCUUCGACAUGUUCUGCGAGGGGUUCUCGCCGUACGGCCCCUUCUGGGACCACUGCCUCGAGUACUGGGAGGAGAGCCUGGGGAGGCCAGACACCAUCCUCUUCCUCAAGUACGAGGAGAUCAAGCUGGACCCGGCGCGGGUCGUGAGGAGGCUCGCGAGCUUCCUCGGCGUCCCGCUGACCGAGCAGGAGGAGAGCUCCGGUGUCGCGGACAAGGUGGCGAGGAUGUGCAGCUUCGAGACGCUCGCCGGGCUGCAGGAAAGGCGAGGUAGGGGACUGGGUGAACCACAUGAGCCGCGAGAUGGGGGAGAAGCUCGACCGCAUCGUCCAGCAGAAGCUCCAUGGUUCCGGGCUCGUGUUUUGAGCAAGAGUCAUUUGUCAUGUGUUCCGUGCUCCUUUGCACUCUGCUACUUCUGGUUGGUGAGAGGAGAGCCCUAUGUUGAUUGUGUUUUUUGUAUUGUUUGGAUUGCUUACCAUAUGUGUCACGUGGUAUGCUGAUUGUGGUUUUAUUUUGAGAAUAAUAAUAAAACAGCAUCUGGCCUCAUAGGGUGGGAUACGCUGAUUCAUUCA